AUGAGUAACCCGCACGCCUCUGCACGUCGCGUACCGCGUAUAUCCGAAAACGGAACACCCAUCGAGGUGUCCGCGUCCUCGCUCGGUGGUUUAUUCGGUGUUUGGUUGUUGAGUUUUCUAUUAAAAAGGGAAUACCGUCCGUGUCUGAGGGAUUCUACCGCCGCCCUGAGGAGUUCCUCACGCGAGAAGGGCUCGAUCUCACCGAACAGGCUGAUAGUAUAUGCCCCCACCCUAGACAAAUCCGAAGAAGAAAUUGAAUCCUUCUAUGAGGACAUCAAACAGCUCCUAAAGUACACGAAGCCGCAUGAUCUGAACAUUAUCCAAGGAGAUUUUAAUGCCAAAGUGGGCAAAGGAGAAGUGAUCAGGGGAGUGGUUGGUCCUUGGGGUCUGGGAGAAAGGAACAUUAGAGGAGACAGACUAAUAAAAUUCUGUUAA